AUGCUUCUCUCUUGGAGAUGCCCUAUCAAAUGGGGUACAAGGAGACCAUAUCAACUAUCUCAAAAUUCCAGAAACCAAAUCUACCUCCACAAAGGAACGCUCUCUUUAACCUUCGGUUCAAAGGGUUCUCAAAAAGAUAACAGGGUAAUACAUAUCACACACUCAACGACUCGUCACAACGAAAUAUUGUGUGCACAGUUUUGGUCCCUUAUUCUUCGAAAGGCCAUCCUCAAGCACAACAUUCUAGUGAUGCAAGAUCCUCUUGCUUUUUCUGUCUCAACCUCCCAUACAACAGGGAUCAUUAUGGGUGAUAACUCCAAAUUCUUGUUUACCGGAUCCAUGCUAGAUGUUAGGUUUCCUGACGUGCCUGCCUCAAGAAAAAUUCCGGAAGGAUUUCGCAAGCUUAAUGCUUCUGGUCCAUUAUAUACUGCAAAACCUUCACCCAAAACGCGAAAGGCACCUGCAGUGUCUUCUACUGCUGCUCCUAAAAGAAGAAAAUGGCCUGCUCGCAAGAAAAAUUUUCCCACUCCAAGUGAGAGUGCAGGUUCAAAAUAUGAGACUGAAUUGGAUAUUCAGAUUGAAGAAGACCAACCUGUUCGCCAUGUGGAGGAAGAGAAUGUUCGCAUUGAAGAGCCUCCUAUUUGUAACGAAGGAGAGAAUACAAACACUGAGUUAACCCAAACCUUGAAUGACUAUGUUCCUUCUCCUCCUCCCUUACGUAAAACUACUUCAAUACCCAUCACUAUUGCACUAUUUCCUCCACCCAUUUCUUCAUCACAACAAACCAGUGUUCCACUUUCUACUCCAAUUUUCACUGAUUCUACAAUCCUACCUACUACUCUUGCCACUCUUACAGUUUCAUUCAACGUAUCUGCUACGGGGGCUAAAACAUUAGGCUUCUCAACCCAUGUUUCACCAGCCACCUACCCUAUUCGCAUUGAUGAUCCAGACAUGAUAUUUGGGGAUGAUAAUGAUGAUGACCUUGGCGGAUUCACAUACAGUGCAUUCCAGAUAAGGACCGCAAGAGAAGAUGAAGCCACUGUCAUACAAGGGCUGCUUAUGUCCCUUCAUGAAAAGCUUGACAAUCUGUUUCUUGCUUCCAAGGAUUCAUUUUCUGAAGCUUAUUCCAAAGCGGUGGUUGAAAAUAUGUUUGAACGUAUAACGAAGGAUCACACAGAUAAUGUAGAGAAGAUGAACAAGGCAGUGACUGCUUCUGCUAUAGUUUGCAAGACGGCGGCCGAAAAAGUUGAUAAACUAAUUUUUGACACCACUGUGUUUAACGAAGCUUACCAAACCACCUACAACAACAACACCAUAUUUGUGAAUGCAAGUUUACAAAAUUUGGGCACUAUAUUCAAAGCGGAGAAGGAUAACUGGCAAAAUCUAUACACUGGCUUACAAAAUGAGCAUGAAUUGUUUCAAACCAGCAUCACUUUGCAGAUAACAAAACAUCAAAGUGAUUUGGCGAUGGAAAGUAAGGUGAUGGAUGCUCUCACCCGGAAGACAGAAAUGGUUAAAGUGAUGGAUCUUAAAUUGGAAAAUGCUAAGAAGAAGGUCAAGGAUCUGCUAUCUGAGAAGGUCAUCAUGAAAAGCUGCAUCUCAAAUGUUGCAGGCUUACUUUCAGAUAUCAUUGAGACUAGGGAUCCAAGGAUUUCAAUCACAUUUCGGAAGCAUUUAGCUGAAAAGCUAGAUCUAGUAUUUGUGAUGCUUCACCGUCUGGAGGGUGUUUCGCCGUAG